AUGGGAUCCGACGGUAUGCACCAUGCAGAUUAUACUGAGUUCCACGGUAUGGCUCGAGAAGAAAUCUUGGAAACCGUUUUAGACUCCUACAAUGCUCUUGCAGAGGGCCAAGACAAUUGGGUUUGUAAUUUGGCCAAUGCGUCUGCCCUGUUAUGGCACGCCUACCGAUCUCUCCCACUGGAUAUCAAUUGGGCUGGAUUUUACGUUUCCAAGGGUUCAGAAAGCUCUGAGUUGAUAUUGGGGCCCUUCCAAGGAAAAGUUGCGUGUCAACUUAUCAAAAGUGGCACCGGUGUAUGCGGUACGUCUUUCCAAUCCAAGAAGACACAAGUCGUGCCAGAUGUCAACAAAUUUCCAGGCCACAUUGCAUGCGAUGGUGAGACCAAAAGCGAAAUUGUGGUUCCCAUUGUGGACAACACCGGCCGCUGUCUUGGUGUCAUCGACAUAGAUUGUCUUGAGUACAACGGGUUUGGCAAAGCAGACCAAGAAUGCCUCGAAAAACUGGCAAGUGCAAUCGCCAACACAUGUGCCUUCAACAACUAG